GUAGCUAUUUUUGCUAUGAUAAUCCUGCAGCCCUUCAAUCUCAGGUUCAAAGGGAUAUGAAGGUGAACACCACAAAAUUCAUGCUGCUGUAUGCCUGGUAUUCUUGGCCCAAUGUAGUUUUGUGUUUCUUGGGUGGCUUUCUGAUAGACCGAGUGUUUGGAAUACGAUGGGGCGCAAUUAUUUUUACCUGCUUUGUUUGUGUUGGUCAGGUUAUUUUUGCUCUCGGUGGAAUAUUUAAUGCUUUUUGGCUGAUGGAAUUGGGAAGGUUUGUCUUUGGGAUUGGUGGAGAGUCCUUAGCAGUUGCCCAGAAUACAUAUGCUGUGAGUUGGUUUAAAGGCAAAGAAUUAAACCUGGUGUUUGGACUCCAGCUCAGCAUGGCUCGAAUUGGAAGUACAGUAAACAUGAACCUCAUGGGAUGGCUGUACUCUAAGAUUGAAGCUUCCUUGGGGUCUGCUGGCCCCACAACCCUUGGGGUCACACUGUUGCUUGGGGGUAUGACCUGUAUUCUUUCCCUCUGCUGUGCGUUUGCUCUUGCUUACUUGGAUCAGAGAGCAGAGAGAAUUCUUCAUAAAGAUCAGGGAAAAACAGGUGAAGUUAUUAAAUUAACUGAUAUAAAGGACUUCUCCUUACCCCUCUGGCUGAUAUUUAUCAUCUGUGUCUGCUAUUAUGUUGUGGUGUUCCCUUUUAUUGGACUUGGGAAAGUUUUCUUUAUAGAGAAAUUUGGAUUUUCUUCCCAGACAGCAAGUGCAGUUAACAGUGUUGUGUAUGUCAUAUCCGCUCCCAUGUCCCCGUUAUUUGGGCUCUUGGUGGAUAAAACGGGGAAGAACAUCAUCUGGGUUCUGUGUGCGGUGACCACCACUCUCGUGUCCCACAUGAUGCUGGCCUUCACAGCGUGGAACCCUUGGAUUGCUAUGUGUCUCCUGGGACUCGCCUAUUCAUUGCUUGCCUGUGCGCUGUGGCCAAUGGUGGCGUUUUUAGUUCCCGAACAUCAGCUGGGUACUGCAUAUGGCUUCAUGCAGUCCAUUCAGAAUCUUGGGUUGGCGAUUAUUUCCAUUAUUGCUGGCAUGAUAUUGGAUACUCGGGGAUAUUUGUUUUUAGAAGUUUUCUUCAUUGGCUGUGUUUCUUUGGCACUUUUAUCUGUGGUCUUACUGUACUUGGUGAAUCAUGCCCGGGGUGGGAACCUAAAUUACUCAACAAGACAAAGGGAAGAAAUGAAGCUUUCUCAUACUGAAUGAGAAGUUUAAAGGACUGUGUCAUGAGAACGGGGUGCACACACCACCGAUUUGAAAACCUCCAUAUAUAUAUAUAUAUAUAUAUAUACACACAUAUAUGUAUUUUAAUUUAGAGUUUAGUCAUGAGGAAAAAUAAUGAAUGGGAAGUCAUAUUUAUAUUUCAGAUGCACCUAUUUUAAAGUGUGUGAGAACUGUGUUAGCCUGUGUUUUUUGUAUUGUGUGUUGCUGAGUAAUUCUACAUUAGAAUAAAGAGGUGAAUCAACCGUGACAGUUUAGGAAAUUGCUCUGGAACAUCCAGGUGAAUUUCAGGAAGGACAGUUAAGUAAUAUAAAACAAUAGAUCUUGUAUUGAGAUAACUUUCAAUAAGUACAUUUUGGGGCUGUAGCCUUUUGUCUUACUUGAAAAGCUAGGGCUUGAAGGGCUAUUUCGUAUGGAAUAAACGAGGGCACUGUACUAGUCAUUCCCUCUGUGAUAAGGAAAGUGGUAGGAAUUCUCUUCAUAUUUCCCUCUGGCAGAUUGUGUUCUGCUGCAGUUUAGGAGGGCUACUGAGCCGUUGCCCUUCAGGGUUUCUCUUAGGAGGACCCGAAUCGCCUGAGAUAUAAUUUUAUAGUAUCAACUUUUGUAUAGUUUUUUCUUAUGGACCAGCUAAUAACUGAAAAGUAUUCUUAAAUGUGUGGUAGUUUUUGUAUCUACCUGGGUAAAUAAAAGCAUUGCAAAAUACA